AGCUUAGUACUGCUCAGUUUGGGAGAUUAUUAAAAUAGACCCUGGACUCAAGGACGGCCAUUAACAAUUGAACUUUGAUGGAAUGCAUACACGAAAAAAUGAAAACUACAAAUCAACUCAAUACACAGCAACUGGCGAAGACGAGUUUCACCAAGAAAAGCUGGCUAAAGUUGAAGUAUCUGUUGUCAAAGUACAAGCGAGGUCGAGGAAUCGUUCGCAGGGUUAUGCCCAAAAUUGAUUUGGUUAACAAGAAGGUCACACAAGUGAACAAAGGCGAUGUGAAACUGGGACGUUUACUAGGAGCGGGAGGUUUCGGAUCGGUGUACUUGGGAGCCUACAAGGAGCACGAUGUCGCAGUGAAAAUUAUGAACAAACAGUGUAAAAACGUCGCAGCCCAAGAAGAAAGUUUCAAGGCGGAACUUCAUGUGUUAGACUUUGAACACCCGAAUAUUGUGAAAACCCUGACCGCCAUUCCGCUGGAUACAUUUGAGGAGGGUGCAUGGAUCGUAAUGGAGUACGCCGGAAGUAAGACUCUACAAACGAUGAUCAAUCACGAGGAGCUGAGUGUCAAGACAAGAAUCAAGUUCGCCUUUCAGAUGUCAGACGCCCUGCGCUACAUCCACGAUAACCACGUGUUACAUCUAGACCUGAAGCCCGCCAACAUCCUCAUCACCGCCCGGGGAGACAUCAAGAUCGCCGACUUCGGCUGCUCACAGAAAGUGGAGGUUGAUACGGGGCUGGUGAGCCCCACACAGAGGUCUCUCCUAACGGGCACCUUUGCCUACCGCGCCCCAGAACUCCUCAAGGGACAAGUACCCUCAUGUAAAGCGGACAUUUAUGCUAUGGGGGUGACCUUGUGGCAGAUGUUAGCGCGGGAAAACCCGUACGGGAACGAAAAUCAGCAUGUGGUGAUAUUUAGUGUAGUAGCGUACGGACACCGCCCCUCCCACCCCGAUAUAGAAAUGGACCCAUUUGAAGAGUGUUACCGUGACCUGUACAGUCAGUGUUGGUCGGUGUCUCAGUUAGACCGACCCUCCGCCAUGGAACUAUACGAGACUCUGAAAAUCUGGAAGAAAUACAUGUAACCUUGGUGAUCGUGUCUUCCCAAACAUUGCUGGACUGUGAUAUUUUGUGUGUAUUUUUUGUGCGUUGAGACUUUAUAUUUAUUUAUUGUGCUAUUGCACGUUGUUAUUUUAUGCUAUAUAUACAUUUAUUUUUUAAUCCCUUUUACACUAUUGUGUGGACGUAAGUGGCCGAUCACACCCUGGACUGACCGGUGUGAUAUUAAACAAGCACUGUUUCUAUACAUACGUUGUUUACUUAAGGGGGGUUUAUCUCUUUUUGUUACACAUUUAUAUUGAAUUGUACAUAGUUUAUACACUUUUUUUUCUGAAAGUGCUAUGUUGCUACUA